UUAGGUGGUUGCGACAAGUGUGUCUGGAGUGCGUGGGAUCGGAUUUUGCGGUGUUGCAGCAGGUUUCAGUGCCUUAAAAAUGUCCUCGACUAUCGAGAAGAACGAAUACCCGAAGGCAUCAAAUGCCUUGGUACUUGGAGCCAUUCUGUCCUACGUGGCGUCGAUAUUUUUGAUGAUGAGCUUCUGUUCACCCUACUGGAUUGUAUCGUAUGACGAAUCGUUUAGCAGUUUCAAAAACAUGGGACUAUGGGAGUACUGCUUCAAGGAUUUUAGCUAUCCCUACUACCAGUUUCCGAAGCUCUUCAAUGGGUGCCAUCACAUCUUUAGUCAGGAAUACUACGUCAUUCGAGAAUAUUUACUUCCCGGCUGGUUGAUGGUGGUACAGGGCCUAGUGACUAUAUCGUUCCUGUUCACGUUCGGUUCGCUAGUAAUUAUGGCUUGCGAGAUGGUCAGAUGGCCACUAAAACUGGUCUUGCGCUACGAGUGGUUGCUGACCACAAUUUCUUUCGUAGGGAUUGCAACGUCGUCCUUGUUUAUGUUUCUGGCGGUAGCCGUAUUCGGUGGAAAUGCAUAUCGCCGCGAUUGGUUGAUGUAUCCGAAAUUCAACGUUCUAUCUUGGUCCUAUGCGCUGGCAGUGAUUAGUUUCAUGAUUCUGGGAUUAGCAUCUCUUUUACUGUACAAGGAAGCUAAGAAAUCCUACGAACUACGCCGCGAAGCGAAGAAUCUUGUAAUGCAGAUGCAGAUGCAAGAGCCCGGUUAUCACCCAUCGCAUCACACUAGCCGAAGCCUUCACAGCGGUGGAUACAUCUAAGUAUACAUAUCACACGACAGGAAAAAAAAUCCGUUUUAUGUUCAAACUUAAUGACGAAUUGUCGUGUUAGAUGUGCUUUUUGAAUACGCACACGGAUGCACGCACGCACAUAAAAGAUAGCAGAACAAAAAAUCAAAUUAACAACAGAAACAAAGUCCGCCAGUCUCCUGUACGUCUUUUUUGAAAGCACCGUAAAUUAAGCAACAAAAUCAUCAUCAGGACGCCCCAAGGGACAUAAAACACAGCACUAAACGUGGCCUUACGAGCAUCAAACUCACGAAAGCAUACAUUUCUACGUGCGUUCUACUCUACUAUAUAGGAUGUGUCAUUAAUGUUAUUUUUUAGUGUCUUUUUGGUGUCGAACUGAAGCAAAGAGAAGCAUUUCGUUAGAGGAAGGAAUAGAGAACACACAGCACAAACACGAACUAAUUUCCGAACAUUCCAAUUAAAUUAACCUUAACGGUUAGGUAAACUUUUCGCCAAGCUCGGCUUUAAGUUGCAAGAUUUUAUGACUUGGCCGGUUUUCUGACAUAAAAACCAGCCAUCUCUAGUUUACAUGUUUGCACUCACACAAAUUCGAUAAUUUGUUAGUUCUGUUGAUGAUGUCUAGGUCUAUUAGAUGUGUAAAUUUAGUUGAUAAUGCUACAUUAAAUGUGUUUACAAACUAGCAGCAACAAACUGGAAGUUGAGUAACCUCGAAUCUCGUACUAUCGUAUCGCCGUCCAUUUUGAUUAAGUUUUUAAUAAAACUUUUAGCAACGAAUAAUGUUCUUUGUUUCGAUGUAUUUUUAUUUCCUUUUAUAUUUUGUCACAUCUGAUAGUAUAUUUUAUAAGAAUAUAUAGCGCAUAGAAGUGUGUACUAUACAAAUUUCUACGCGCAAAUUUAUACACAUAUAUUGUAAUAAUCAGCCUAAUAAGUACUGGUAAUAAAUG